UCACUUGUGCGCCCCGCCCCGUUGUCUCUCCGCUCAUUCAACGCGCGACUCCAGCACCAGCGAGGAGCACUUCGCCGAUCAUUGCCGACAACUUUACAACAAAUUAACGCGCGCCUAAACGUUCGUAACGAGCGUUGAGAAUUCCCCCCCAAACGGAACUAACAAAACAAGAAGAGGAAUUAUUGAGCCGUGAUAUUUAAAUUAAAAAACAAACUAAAUUUUGGUGUCAUUCGACACAAGCCGAGCAAGUCGAAGACGAGGAGGGAAUUUGACGACGAUCGUGACGACGACGACGAAGAACAAGAUGACGACGACGACUUCGCGAGGACUUUUGCUGUUCGUGGUCGCGGUGGUGGCGAUGUUCUGCGUGAGCGCGGCCCAGUCACCGUGCCCGGCGCCCAGCACGUGUCAGAGCGACACCUGCGUCGGCAUGCGGUGCCCGUAUAACGAGUUCACCUACUGCGAGAUGGACUGCAACACCUGCAAGCCCAAAUUCUUCGACCUGGAGAAGAAGGAGGAGAAGUGCGACAAACUGACGCUCAAGUGCCGCCUCAUGCACCUGGAGAUGGUGAAGAAGAAGAAGGGCUCCCGCAGCGGCGGGGCGCCCGACGGCGGCCGCCAGGACACGGACGAGCUCUACGACCCGGACUGCGACGCGCAGCAGCAGUUCAGGGCGAAGCAGUGCGACAACGGCACGGGGGAGUGCUGGUGCGUCAACAGCGCCGGGGUACGCAACACCGACAAGAGCAAGAGCGGCGUGGACUGCCCCAAGCUCGUGCUGUGCUCCCAAAUCGUGCUGGACUUCUUCUUGCCAAUGGAUCACAAACCCUCCGAGGAUGAGAAGAUUCAGAAUGUGCAGAAAGUAAAGGACAUUCUCGGAAAGAACUACUUCGUUAUUCCGGAUCAGUUCAAAAAUGUCCAACUGCUGGACACGCGGAACAUGAUCGUGACGCUGACGCAGAACGUGUCUGGGAACGUGGCUGACAUUGCGACAGUCGCCUACCUCGCGGAUAAACAACUGAAGGCGGGCAAGCUGCAGACGUCCGAGACUCCGCCGCAAACCAUAGAGGUGGACCCAGAUGCGCGCAAGCCCAUUGUGUGGUUCUACGACGAUGAGCCCCCACGCAUGAGCCCCUCUCGCAUGGCGCCCGGCAUCAUCGCCAUCAUCGUCAUCGCCGUGCUCGCCGCCGUCACCGCUGCCGUCAUCUUCUUUUGGUGGAAGAAGCAGCAAGGAACCAAGAAGUACAACCGUGCUCACAAGGAGCAGCAGGAACUGCAGGACGCUGCCUAAAUCUCCCGGCCGGGCUCGACUUCAGUUGGAGCCGCGGGGUGCUGCUUUGUUCGUGGCGGAGUGGGGGGGGGGGGGUCCCUUGACCCCGGAGCAGGGGUCGGGGUGGGGGGGAGGGAUCUGGUUGCGCUUUUCCGUAGCUGCGUUAACAGGUGCUUGGGUUUCUACUUAUUUUUUCAUUCAUUCGGCCCGAUUCUUGCGCUGGUGGAUACUGGCUUUUGAGCAAACAAGGCCCCUGCCCCCCCCCGCCAAACCUUGCUCUGCCAUAGCAGAGCAAGGUUUGGCGGGGGGGGGGGGGGCCUUGGUGAUGAGGAGUUACCGCUGGAGAUCCGCUUCCGUGGCGACGCGCAACGUGGGGCCGAUUUCACGCCGUCGUUUUUUUUUGCAUUGCCAUUAAAAAAAUAACAAUAAUGGCGUUUUUGUGCAACGUCUGAGCUUUUGCCGAUGUAGAAUUAUAGGCUCGCGUGUUAGCGCUGGAAACAUUUUACGCCUCAAAUUUACACUGUACUGUACUUCUUUCUCCUGCCGCGCCAUUUUGUAUGACUUUAUUUUAUAUAUAACUACAAAGUACGUGUUUGUAAAUAUGGAAAUACUGAGUAAGGCAUUGCGAUAAGGGGGGCCACACGUGUACACGCGUGCUCCUCUGUUUUUUUUUUUAAACAAUGCUUUUGUACACUGUUUAAAAAAAAUAUUUGCUCAGUCAUUUUUACGCCCAGUUCUGCUUAAAUGUUCAAUAAAGAUCUACGUACACAA